AUGGAAAUAAAUAAAAUAAAAAAACGAAAAUAUUCAAGAUUAGGUUGUUCAGAAUGUAAAAGAAGGAAAAUAAAAUGUGAUGAAAGUAAACCAGAAUGUUUUAAUUGUUCGAGAUUAAGAAAAAUUUGUAAUUAUCCUGACUCAACUAGUUCAAAUUUUAAAUACGAAAACCCUAAUACAAAAUUCGAACCUCAGCACCAUGUAAAUGAAAAUGAAAUAAAUAAUCUGUCACAAGUUAAUCAUGAUUUGAAUAAUAAUAAUAAUAACAAUUCCAAGAUUAUAUUUGAUCAUAAUUUGAAUAAGUCAUCACUACCUCAACAGCUUCCUAAUUCACCUUUAUUGAAUCAUCAAUUCCAUCAAUCUCCACCGCCGCCCCCGCAACAACAACAACAACAACAACAACCUCAACAACAAUUAUCUUACAGAUUUUAUCAAGAAAACAACAGUAAUAUUAGAACUCCUCCGUCAAUAAAUUCAAUACAUGAUCAUUCAACUUCGGCAACAAAAGUAAAUCUACUAGACUUGGAGGCGAGGUCUAAUGAAGGAAACAUAAACAAUAUUAAUUUACCUAUUAUUCAGUCACCGAACCAACAUCAACAUAUACAAGCUCCGAUUCAACCACAGCCACAGAGUCUUUCCCAACAUCAAUCGAAUAUACAAACGCCAUCUACAUCAAGUAAUACCUUAAACCAACAUAAUCAUCAACGAUCAAUAUCUACUACAAAUUCAAUUCUACCUCAUAAUCAACAGCCACCUUCUCAACAACAUUUGAUAAAUUCAAAUCAUCAAUGUAAAAAAUAUAAGAUAUCAGACAUUCUAUCUCCAGACAUUGAUUUUUUAAAUGAUCAAAAUUGGGGUAGUAUUGCACCUGAUGAUGUACGAAAUUUAUUUGAUGAUGCAAGUUUAUUAGUUCAUGAUUCUUUAGAAAUGUUUGGGAUUGAUCAAUAUAAUAAUAUCAACCAACCAAUAAAUCAUAAUAUCAAUACAAUCACCACUACAAAUACUCCAACUACAAACACAAACAUAAAUAAUAACAGUAGUACAUCAAAUGUAGAAAUUCAAAGAAUUAGAGCUGACUCUUCUUACUCGGUAAGUAUUCCGAGUUCAGAUGAAGCUUCAAUGUUCCCCGAUUUUCCUAUUGAGGAGUUCAGUAGUAGGUUAUUUGUAAAAUCAAAUCCAAUAUUAAUGGAACCAUUAAAAAGUAAUAAAGAGCUUAUAGAAUCAACAUUAAAACAUUUUGAAUUAAGUGGACCUCAUGAAAAUUAUUUAAAUAAACUAACAAAUUCGGAAUUAUCAUUUCAUAUGUUUCCAUUUGCUGAAAGUAUAGAAAAUAAUAUAGUUAACAAAAUUUUGCUUAAAUAUCUGCAAAGUUGUUCAUAUUUAUUAACUUCAUUAUUAUCAAGCUCAGCAACUUUUCAAUUUAUUCAAACAAGAAAACAAUGUCAUGAACAAAACAGAGUUAAAUAUAAUUCAAUAUGUUUGAAAUUAUUAAGUGAAGCAUUUCCUCAAGUAAAUAAUGAAGAAGAAGAUCAAAAAAUUAUGGCUAACGAUAUUGAAAAAUUAUUAUUAACUAUAUUAGUAUUAACUUCAAAUUUCACUGCAACCGCUUAUUUUCAAAAAGAUCACGGUACUCAUAAAAAUCAAACCAAUAAUAAAGAUAAAGCCCAAAAUGAUUCAAAACCAAAUAAAUUACUUUCUUGGAAAACUCAUUUACGUGGAGUUAAAGAUUUAUUAAUUAAAUAUACAGAUUUAACAUGUAAUAAAACUAAUCGUAAAUAUAUAUCAGAUGGUUUAGCAUUAGCUAAAACUUGGUAUUUUGCAAUUGAAUCAUUAGCUGAAUUAAAUGAUCCCUUAGGAGGUACAUUAAAAUAUAUUAAGAAAAACAUAUCAAAUGAAGUUGAUAUAAUUAAAACCGAUAUGGAGUUAGAUUUUUCUGAUAUGAGUAAAUUAUGGUUACAAACUGGUUAUUUUAGUGAAGAAAAAAAUAAAGAUUAUCAUGAUGCAUUAAUUAGAAUUAAUUUACUUACUUUACCAUAUUCUAAUUCUGUACAAUUUAAUUUAUACAAUGGCUAUAGUAUUGCUUUUGUUAAAUUAAUUGAUGAAUUUUGUAAAUGUUUAGAUUUAUUAAGAGAUAAUAAUAAUGCUCAAAUGAGUGGUCAACGUAUUUCAAGAAUAAUGAGUUUAAUUGAUAAAGGUAGAGAAAAUGAUAUUGUACCAUUAAUAAAUAAGGAUUCAUUUAUUAUACCAAUAACAUCACCUGGUCAUCCAAAUUACAAAAAUUUUGAUAAAAUCGAAUUACCUAAAUCAUGUUUUGGAAAAGAAAAUAUAAUAAAUGAAUCAACCAAUGAAGAAACUACUAUUUUUUAUUCAUGGUUUGAUUGGUGUGAACAAAUGCAUAUUGAUUCAUUAUAUUUAAAGUUGUUAACUACUAAGGGGUUAUUAAAAUUACCACAAGAUCAUGCAUUAAUCAAAGAACUUAAAAUAAAAAUACUCGAUUCAUUAUUCUUUAUUAAACCACUUAAAUCCAAAAAUCAAUUAAAUCAUCAUCAUCAUACCGAUAAAAAUUGGGCAAAACAUGACGAUAUUUUUGUCAAAUCAGAAAAUUUUUAUAUUUCUAAAAAUUUAUUUGAUUUAAGAGUUAUAAUGGUACAAAGUGUAUUUCGUCAAUGUUCCAAAAUUCAAUUAAGUGAUGAAGAAUUUGAAAAAUUAGAACUUUUAUUUAGAGGUAUGAUUAAAUUAGGUAAUGGAUCCUCAUUAAUUGCUUUAGAUCAAAUUAGAAAAUUAAGAAAUAAAAAUAUAACAAAAAUUAAAAAGGAAAAUGAUGAUGAAUUUACCAAACUGGAUGGUUUUGAAAGAAAAAGUAGUAAUGGAUCAAAUAGAAAUGGUGAAUUUGAAAAAAUUCAAGGUUCUAAAAAUUCAAAUACUGAUAUUGAUGAUGAUAAUGUACAAAAGGAUCAACGUGAAAAUGAAGAACAAGAAGAAAAUAAUGAUGAAACUGAUGUAAGUGAAGAUACAAAUACAUUUUUGGAUAUCAUACCAUUUUCUUAA